AUGUGGGACAAGCAGGUCAGGGGACCUUGGUGGUACAACAUCACCUACGAGAAUUGGUUCGUUCUCGUAGGUAUCUACGGACUCGGAAAACUCAAUGCCAGCGCCGUCGGAGCGGCUAUCAGAGUUGACCAGGGACAGCAUGCACGACACCUCCUGACCCAACUGGCAACAAGAUUCGGUAAACUGCAGCGGACUGUAGAUAAACAGCAGGAGACCAUACGAAAACUUGUAGAGGAACGGCAGCAAAGCCUUACUGGUCACAACCAAGAUGCCUCGCAGACUGUCGAUUACGACGAGGAAAUGGAGAAAUGGGCCCGCUACUACGGUUACGGAGACGAAGACGAAGACUAA